AGACACCUGAUGCAAGGGUCCUCAUCAGCGCAUGUGACGCAGUGCUGCGCGCGCGGAAGCUGUUUUCAAUCCGUAAGUUUGGAAUGUAAUUAAGCACUAUGGCGUUUAACUUUACACAAACAGGCACUGGGGGCUUUUCCUUUGGUACCCCAGCACCAGCAGGAGCACCAGCCUCCACAGGCUUCAGUCUGCAGACCAGCGCUCCUGCAGGAGGAGGAGGAGGAUUCUCUUUUGGGACCAGCCAGCCUCAGACUCAGACACAAGGUUUCGGAAACCAGCCAUCCCAGAUUGCACAGCCAAUGCAGAAUAAUGGCAGCGCUCAAGGUGGAUUUAGCUUUGGAGGCCAGACCCAAAGCAGCACCCCUAGUGGAGGCUUUUCUUUUGGUGCGACUCUUCCAAAACUCAGCACACCCUCAGCAUCUCUGCCUGCAAGCACAGGUGCUACUCUGGGGGCUUCCACUGCUGGCUUCGCUCUUGGAGGUCUCAACACUCAAAUGACCACUCAGAUGACCCAGCCACCCACGGGAGGAUUCAGCUUUGGAACACCUAAAAUUCAGGCUACUUCAGCUGCCCCUGCCCAGCCCACCCCUGCCCUCUCACUGGGGGGGCAGUCCACAGGUUUCACUCUCGGAGCUUCUACUCCUGCCUCCAUAGCCUCCGCACCUGCUCUUAACUUUGGAACUUUGAAAGCUUCAGCCACCCCAGCACCUGUGAGCAUUGUCCCUGCCAGUCUGUCCUCAUCAGCUCCAGUGUCCUCUCUGUUUGCUGCUCCUAUAACCUCCACAUCCAUCACAGGAUUCACACUGGGCUCAUCGAUGGCGUCAGUGGCCGCUGCUGUGACGUCAGCCUCCAGCGCUUCCACAAUCCUAACACUGAAACCGUUAGGAACUGCACCUACUAUAACCACAGCUGCUGCAAGCACCGGAGCUCCCACAGGCUUUUCUCUGGGACUGAAGACGGCCGUAUCGACCGCACCAGCCGUCACAUCUACUGCUGCCAUAACAACCAGCACUGCUCCGGUGAUGUCAUACGCCCAGCUGGAGGCUUUGAUCAACAAGUGGAGCUCUGAACUGGAAGACCAGGAAAGACACUUUCUACAGCAGGCCACGCAGGUCAAUGCCUGGGACCGAAUGCUGGUGGAGAACGGAGAGAAGAUCACAGCUUUACAUAAAGAUAUGGAGAAAGUGAAACUGGACCAAAGAAGGUUAGAUCAAGAACUGGACUUCAUUCUGUCCCAGCAGAAAGAGCUGGAGGAUCUUCUUGCGCCAUUAGAGGAGUCUGUCAAAGAGCAAAGCGUAACCAUUUACAUGCAGAACGCAGAUGAGGAACGCGAGAGAACGUACAAGCUGGCAGAAAACGUGGAUGCUCAACUGAAGAGAAUGUCCCAAGAUCUGAAAGAGAUUAUAGAACAUCUCAACACAUCCAGUGGACCUGCUGACACCACUGAUCCGCUUCAGCAGAUCUGUAAAAUCCUCAAUGCACACAUGGACUCGCUUCAGUGGGUGGAACAAAACUCGGUUUUACUCCAGAGGCGAUUGGAGGAGGUCUCGAAGUUGUGUGACAACCGCAGUAAAGAACAAGAGAAGAGCUUUCGUUUAAACUUCCAGUAGUCAUGCAUCAAAAACGCUUCAUUGCUUGUAAACUAUUGUCAUGUUUUUGGUAUUUACUUCAAAAUAAAAUAAAUAUGUUCUGCCUGUU